AGGCCAUCAUCACAAAACAACAAUCCAGCACAUUCACUCCAGCUUCAAACGCUUCGAACAUUCGCUGUUUGCUUCUAGCUCGGUUCUUCUGCCUCUAAGUCCUCAACUCCCUCUCUAAGCUUAAGCAACACACUUCCUCUUUCGGAAGACUACAACACCACCACAACAAUCUUCAAUACCCCACACACCACAUCCACAAUGAAGGGUUUCACUUUCGCCACUGUCGCCGCGCUCGCCGCCACCACCUUCGCUGCCACCGUCAAGCUCGAGCAGACGGCCUGCAUCCAGGCCAACGCCACCUCGCUCUCCCAGUUCGACGUCGAAGUCGACAAGCUCACCGUCGUCAACCUCGACUCCGUCUGCGGGCUGAAGCUCGUCUCCGCCGACGGCGCCGACGUCAAGGCCAUCAAGUGCCAGGCCUACAUCGACGCCGAGGGCAAGAACAAGGGCUCCAAGGAAUUCACCUUCGACGACCCCGCCGAGAUCGCGACCAACCCCGUCCAGGAGAAGGCCAUCCUGUGUGUUGGCUCGGGAGCUGUUCCGACUGCGCAACCUACCACCUUCGCCGCAGUUACUACUUCUGCUGCGCUCGCGGCUCCUACUGGCGGCGCGUCGACCACUGGCAACAGCACCAGCGGCAAGCCCUCCUCCCCGAGCCCCUCGCCCUCCUCCACCAACGGCCCUGGUAACGAGGGCGCCGCUUCCACCCUCGGCAUGAGCCUCGGAGCGCUCUCCUUCGCCGCUGUCGCCGCGUUCUUCUUGUAAACACCUCUCCACGUUAGCUUCAGCGUACGAGUUCUUGUAGCAUGUGCAUUGCUACGGCGUUUAAUGGUCUUUUUGCUUUGUUGAUGGAUUCAAAACUGGGAUAGAAGGACUGCGAUUGGGCUUGCAAAAUCAUUGGUUUGGAUUGGGAUGCAUUUUUUCACGACUACAGC